CCUGACAACAUGUGUUGCGACUACUGUGGCAACUCCUGUGGCUAUGGCUGCAGAUAUGGCUAUGGCUGUGGGUUUGGCCCCUAUUAUGGCUGUGGGUCUGACUGUGGCUAUGGCUGUGGCUAUGGCCCCCAUUAUGGCUGUGGUUAUGGAACCAGAUAUGGCCAUGGAUACGGUUCCUGCUAUGGCUGUGGAUAUGGCUCUGGUUCUGGUUACUGUGGCCACAGGCCAUUUUUCUACAGAAGAUAUUAUUCUUCUUGCUGCUAGAACAUCUCUAUCCAAGCCUCAUUUGUUCCUGAAAUGGUGUAUCUAAGGAUAAUGCUGAUUCAACAAUCUGGACCCCACAAUUUCUAUACCCCCAAAUUACAACUUUACAGAGGCUUUGACCUCCAACUAUCCAUAUUUAGAAUAGUAUUGUGGUCUGAAGUUCUGAGGUAUCAUCUAUUUUCCAAACAUUAGCAUUACUUCCUUAGUCUCUGAUUCUCUGAUGUGACUAUGUUGAUGAUCCUAAUACCCCACAAUGGGCCAAAUCACUUAUUCUCAAUAAAAGUGGUUCUUUCUUUCUAAGAAA